AGUAUAUUCCUUUUAAUAUAGAUAUUGUGUAAUAAAAAAAAACAUGGCGGUUCUCCUAGUGGUAACGAAUUGGGAUCAUAUUGCUGACACAGGUAUAAAGACUGGAUGGUACUUACCGGAAGUGGCACAUCCGUAUUAUGUGUUGAAAGAACAUGGUGUGCCGAUGACAAUAUGCAGUCCAAAGGGCGGAUUUGCACCUAUGGAUCCCAGCAGUGGUGAAGCGUUUAAAGAUGAUCCAGAAUGUAAACGUCUUCUCGCCGAUGACGACGUACAAAAACAGCUUAAAAACACGGUCGCUGCAAAAGAUGUGGAUCCUUCAAAGUUUAAAGCAAUUGUUUUCACUGGUGGUCAUGGACCGAUGUUUGAUUUUCCGGAUAGCGUAGAGUUGAACAAGGCAGCAGCUGACAUUUAUGAAGCAGGAGGUAUUGCUGCUGCAGUGUGUCAUGGGACUGCUGGAUUGGUUAAUACAAAACUUAAAGAUGGUACCUAUUUAGUCAAGGGCCAUAAAGUAACUAGCUUCACGAAUUCCGAAGAAAUUUCUAUCAAAUUGAUGGAUCCAAUGCCGUUUGCGUUGGAAACAAGGCUUAAAGAACACGGUGCUGACUUCGUGGAUGGGGGUGAUUGGCAGAAAAAUGUUCAAGUUUCUGGACGUGUUAUUACUGGUCAGAAUCCUGCUUCUGCUACAGGAUUGGGUGAAGCAAUUGCAAAGAAACUAAAAGAACUCUGAACGACCAAUCAGCUACUUUAGAAAACGCUAAUUGACCAAUCAAAACACGCACUGAUGGAUUACACUUGCACAUCUACUAUUUGCUUAUUAUUUAUUUUUGCUUCGUUAUUUUAGUAAGAACACACUUGACAUACUGA